AUGUCCGUGCCGAUCCUCACGAUCCCGGAAUCGGCGUUCAGCGCCGCCGCGCGCCUGCCCGCCCUGCGCGCGCGCCGCUCGCAAUUGCUCGUUUACAUGCUCUCUCUCACGCGAGCCUCGGCGCUUGCCUUGGUGGCCGCGUACUUGGUGGGCUUUUUGGCGGCACGGCCGCUCAUGGCCUCUGCCGUGGACCAGCGCAUCGAGUUUCUCGAGGCGUGCCGCGCGCGGCUCCGCGGCUUGUACUUGGCCGUGAUCGGCAAGGUGGACCACAUCCCCAUCAUUGGCAUCGAGCGCGCGGCUGGCCAGACACGCAGAAUCUACGCGGACUCCGUGUGCCAGACCGAGGACUUGGCCAGGGCGCAGCAGGCCGCGGGCGCGCGCGCCGGCUUGGGCCUGGCCGCGGUGCUCGCCCAGUUGCGGCUUCUUGGCGACCGGCUCGGUGGGUGCCGCGGCUACCUGGCGCUGGAAACGGAGCUCUGCCGUGCAAUCGGCUUCUCGCUCAAGGACUUGCGCCUGAGGGCCGAGCUCGUGCACUUCGACGCCAACAAGCUCUUUGUGGAGCCGGGGCCCGUGGUGUCGCGCAAGCCGCGCCACAUGGCGCGCGAGGUCAAGCAGGGCAUCCGCACCAUCAAGGGCAUGUUCAUGAGCGGCCGCGCCUAG